GAAUUGUUUCACUUCAAAAAGCGCAUUCAAGAUGGCUUCCUCCUCAAGUCAAUCUUCAACUGCAGAGACAUAUUCAGUCAUCCUACCCACUUACAACGAACGUCGAAAUCUACCCAUCAUAGUUUGGCUCCUAGCACGCACUUUUGACGAGCAAUCAUUGAACUGGGAAAUCAUAAUCGUAGACGACGCGUCCCCUGAUGGAACUCUAGAGGUGGCAGAGCAACUCCAGCGUUUAUACGGUCCGCAACGCAUCAUUCUCCGGCCUCGAGCAGGAAAGCUAGGACUCGGGACAGCCUACAUGCAUGGCCUCUCAGCAUGCACGGGAUCCUUCACCAUCAUCAUGGACGCUGACUUUUCUCAUCACCCAAAAUUCCUGCCUACCUUUAUCGCCCUUCAACGGCAGCGUAACCUAGAUGUGGUUACCGGAUCUCGAUACAUACGUGGCGGGGGAGUUCACGGAUGGGACCUCAAGCGCAAACUGGUCAGCCGAGGCGCUAACCUGCUCACGUCUCUUGUUCUCGCACCUGGUGUCAGCGACGUCACAGGGUCAUUUCGACUUUAUCGUACCUCUAUCCUUCGCUCGCUAAUGGCUGAAACCACAUCACGGGGAUAUGUGUUUCAGAUGGAGAUCAUUGUACGGGCGCGUGCCAUGGGCUGCUCUAUUGGAGAGGUCCCAAUCACUUUUGUCGAUAGAUUGUAUGGGGAUAGUAAACUAGGUGGUGAUGAGAUCUAUGGGUUUGCUAAAGGGGUCUGGGACCUUUUUCGAGCGGUUUGA